UAUGGAGGGUAUUCAGGAGCCAACUCAAUGCAGAUAUUCUUGCCCGUAUGGAGUAGACGAUUGGGCAACAAAUUGGACAUCAUCAUUCCGACCAGUUUUUUUUGAACACACCCGCAUAGUAGCCUCCGCCAGAAGAAACGAACGCGAAAGAAAUCGUGUAAAACACAUCAAUUCAUCGUUUGCUGUCCUUAGGCAAAAACUACCAUCCUCCAGCGGAAAAAAGAGGAAAUUGAGCAAGGUCGACACUCUUAGAGGAGCAAUUGAUUAUAUUCGACAUUUACAAAAAUUAUUAAAAAAGACCGGCGGCGGGCACGUGGAAGAUGAAGACGAGACAGAAGAUGAUGAAGAUAUGAUUGACGACAAAGUAUCAGACGAACAAAAUAGAUCUAACAGUCCAAAAAAUGAGCGAUGA